UCGUAGCAGUCGCAGUUUUCUGUCAUUGUAGUAUUUUUUCUUCCGUCAAGCUAACGUGCCAUCUUGGAGCUCCCGAAAACCUGAAGCGAAUCUGCCGAAAUGCCUGUCGAAGUACCGAAGAAGUUCUAUAGAAAUGUAUUCCGAGGAGUGUCCUACUUCAGCCAGGGCCAGAAAAGGCCCUGCAAGCUUGGGGAGCUGGUGGCGUACGUCUACUUGAAGAACGGCCGGGCACUUCAAGUUAAUCGCAUUGAAGCCAUUGUGAAAGAAGCCCUUGCCGAUUUAUGCUCUUCCGGGGUUGUCAAAAAGACUCGCAACUGCUACCAGUUGACCGAGGUGCUCGUUGGCAAUUUGCAAGAAGCUCCAAUUGCUGGUCCAAGCGGUUCAGCAAACAACUCAAGUCGACGACGGUCAAGGUCCGGUAGUCGAAAAACGAAGACUCCGUCCAAGCGAACCAAGACUCCUCGGAGGGGACCUGUGGACGCCGAUGAACCAGAGAUGGAGAUGGUAUCCGAUGAAGAGAGUGAAAACGACGAAGAGGUUGAGCAACGGUCGGAAGAAGGCCAACAACCAGAACCGGAACCAUUCUUGCAUCGUCCGUUGAAAAUGGAGAGGGAUGAUUCCAAGGAAGGCGACGCGAACCAAGGUUCAGGAUCAAAUACAACGACGACGAAUGCAAGUGAACAGCAGACACCGAACAACUCGUAAAUAAUGGUUUUCGUGGCUUAACUUUUGGUGAAGGCGUCUAAAUUUUAACUGUAUAUAGUAACUUAUUAUAUUUGAUAAUAAUUAUUUCAUUAGAACUAUCAAAAUAA